AUGGCGACUCCAACAGAGUCUCUCCUCACCAUCGCCGGGUCAGUCUCCACCCCAUCGACCAGGAAACGGGUUCGCAUCUUCCGAGACGAAAUUUCUUCCAUUCUCAACAACUCAGAAAUGGGUACAGAGCCUGCAUUGCUGUUGGUAGAUAUAAUAUUUAAAACAUUGUACAUUUAUGAUGAUCGUGGGUCGAGGAAAGCUGUUGAUGACAUCAUUACAAAAGGUUUACAAGAGGUUGCUUUCAUGAAAAGUUUUGCAGCAGCCCUUGUUCAGGUCAUGGAAAGACAAGUGAGGGUGCAAUCACAUGUUGGCUGCUACAGACUUCUCCAGUGGUCAUGUCUCCUUUUCAGUAAGAGUAAUUUUGCUAGAGUCUCGAAGAAUGCAUUGUGUAAAGUUGCCACAGUGCAGGCAUCAUUAAUUCAUAUUGUUAUGCAAAGAUCUUUCCGUGAGCAAAGGGCUUGCAAGAAGACAUUUUGUCACUUAUUUUCUCAGUCACCGGACAUUUACAAAAUGUAUAUAGAGGAACUUAAAGAUGCACGUAUCCCAUACAAAGAUAGUCCUGAGUUAAUAUGGUUGUUGAUGGAGUUCUCAACUACCUCAAGCAAAUUAUCUUCUUUGUUUGAGCAAUGCAAGCCAAUAUUUCUGGAUAUAUAUCUUAAGGCAAUUUUAAAUGCAAGGGAAAAGCCAGCAAAGGGUCUUAGUGAAGCUUUUCAUCCACUUUUUAGACAUAUGUUACAUGAAGAUUUCCAAAACAUUGUGCUUCCAUCUGCUGUUAAAAUGCUGAAACGUAACCCUGAGAUUGUACUGGAAUCUGUUGGGAUUCUCUUGAAUUCAGUCAACCUUGAUUUAAGUAAGUAUGCGAUCGAAAUUCUUUCAGUGGCAUUGCCACAGGCUCGGCAUGCAGAUGAAGGCAGAAGGGUUGGGGCGCUGGCAAUUAUACGAUGUUUGAGCCAAAAGUCUAGUAAUCCAGAUGCUUUAGAAGCAAUGUUCAAUGCUGUCAAAUCUGUAAUUGGAGGGUCAGAGGGAAGACUUACAUUUCCUUACCAGAGAAUUGGCAUGAUCAAUGCACUGCAAGAAAUGUGUAAUGCUCCAGACGGGAAACAUCUCAACAGCCAGUCACAAACCUUAUGCAGUUUCCUUUUAUCGUGUUACAAGGAUGAGGGAAAUGAGGAGGUGAAGCUUGCAAUUUUGUCCGCUCUGGGUUUGUGGGCAGCAAGAUCUGCUGAUGCCAUUCAAUCGGAUGUAGUUUUGUUUUUCUCAUCUGGUCUUAAGGAGAAGGAAGCUCUAAGAAGAGGGCAUCUUCGUUGUCUACGAGCCAUAUGCAAAAAUACAGAUGCUGUUUUCCGGAUAUCAUCAUUACUGGAACCUCUCAUCCAACUUGUCAAAACUGGUUUUACGAAAGCAGCUCAGCGUUUGGAUGGUAUAUAUGCCUUGCUAUUAGUUGUGAAGAUUGCGGCUGUUGACAUCAAAGCAGAGGAGACUGUUGUGAAGGACAAGAUCUGGUCUUUGAUAUCUCAAAAUGAGCCUUCACUUGUACCAAUAUCCAUGGCUUCAAAAUUGUUGACUGAAGAUUGCAUGGCAUGUGUUGAUCUUCUUGAAGUGAUGCUGGUGGAACAUCUGCAGAGGGUACUGGACUCCUUUUCACUCAGAUUACUGUCACAGUUGAUUAUGUUUUUCAUAUGCCACCCAUGUUGGGAAGUUCGAAGAAUGACUUAUGACGCUACCAGAAGGAUAGUUCCUGCUGCUCCACAAUUAACUGAAUAUCUUUUAGUUGAAUUCACGAAUUUCAUGUCUGUAGUUGCAGAGAAACUUCGUAUUUCAAAUUCAAGUGAAACAGAUAAUUCAUUGGACACUCAAGUUCCAUUCCUUCCGUCGGUUGAGGUUUCAGUAAAGGCUUUAGUUGUGAUAUCAUCAGCAGCUCUACCUGCAGCUCCAAGGGCAUCAAUGCGAGUUUUAUUCUGCGCACAUCAUCCGUACAUUGUUGGAACUGCAAAGAGAGAUGCAGUUUGGAGGAGGGUGCAAAAAUGUUUGCAUACAUGCGGUUUUGACGUCAUCAGCAACAUUUUGGCUGAUGUGGAGAAUUUGUGCAAGACCCUACUUGGACCAAUGUGGUUGUCCAGCUCUAAUUCAUUUGAACAGCAAGCAGCAAUUUCCUCCUUAUCCACUUUGAUGUCCAUUGCACCUGGAGAAACCUAUGCGGAGUUUGAAAAGCACUUGAAAAGUCUUCCGUACCGUUAUUCACAUGAUACACUUUCAGAAAAUGAUGUUCAGAUUUUUCAUACUCCUGAAGGCUUGCUUUCCAGUGAGCAAGGUGUCUACAUUGCAGAGUCUGUUGCUGCUAAGAACAUGAAACAAGCGAAGGGCCGUUUUCGGAUGUAUGAGGAUGCCACGGACCAUGGUGGUUCUAAUCAUUCUGCAAAAGUAGAGCCAGCCAACGGUUCUACAGGUAAAAGGGAAACUGGGAAGUCUGCAAAGAAACCUGAUAAAGGAAGGACUGCAAAAGAGGAGGCACGUGAGUUACAACUUAGGGAGGAGUCAUCCAUACGUGAGAAGGUCCAAGAAAUACAGAAAAAUCUAUCUUCCAUACUUAAAGCACUUGGGGAAAUGGCCAUUGCUAAUCCUAUUUUUGCUCACAGUCAGCUUCCUUCCCUGGUUAACUAUGUUGAUCCAUUGCUAAGGUCACCAAUAGUCAGUGAUGUGGCAUUUGAAACUGUGGUGAAACUUGCUAGAUGCACUGCUCCACCUCUCUGUAAUUGGGCCCUUGACAUUGCUACAGCUUUGCGCUUAGUUGUGACUGAAGAAGUUCGUCUUGUGGGUGAUAUGAUUCCAUCAGUUGGUGAAGCGGAAGCCAAUGAAAAACCAUAUUUGAGUCUAUUUGAGCGAAUAAUUAAUGGCCUUUCUGUAUCUUGUAAAUCUGGACCGCUUCCUGUAGAUUCUUUUACCUUCGUCUUCCCUAUAAUGGAGCGAAUUCUGUUAUGCUCUAAGAAGACAGGACUUCAUGAUGAUGUGCUUCGGAUUCUUUAUUUGCACAUGGACCCCCUAUUACCCCUUCCGAGGCUUCGAAUGAUUUCAGUUCUUUAUCAUGUUCUCGGUGUUGUUCCUGCUUAUCAAGCUUCUGUUGGACCUGCGUUGAAUGAGUUGUGUUUGGGUCUGCGACCAGAUGAAGUGGCGCCAGCUCUAUAUGGGGUUUAUGCGAAAGAUGUUCAUGUUAGAAUGGCCUGCCUAAGUGCUGUCAAAUGUAUUCCUGCUGUUGCCAGUCGUUCUCUUCCUCAGAACGUUGAGGUUGCUACAAGCAUUUGGGUUGCUUUACAUGACCCUGAAAAGUCAGUUGCAGAAGCAGCAGAGGAUUUAUGGGAUCGCUAUGGGUAUGACUUUGGGACUGACUAUUCAGGCCUUUUCAAAGCACUUUCCCAUAUCAAUUAUAAUGUCCGUUUUGCUGCUGCGGAGGCAUUAGCUGCUGCUUUGGAUGAAUGUCCAGAUACUAUACAGGAAUCUCUUUCUACUUUAUUUUCUCUGUAUAUCCGUGAUGCUGGUUUGACUGAGGACAAUGUUGAUGCUGGUUGGCUGGGCCGACAAGGUGUAGCCUUGGCAUUACAUUCUUCUGCUGAUGUACUCAGAACAAAAGACCUUCCUGUUGUUAUGACAUUUCUGAUUUCAAGAGCACUGGCCGAUCCUAAUGCUGAUGUUAGGGGAAGAAUGAUUACUGCUGGUAUUAUGAUUAUUGAUAAGCAUGGCAGGGAUAACGUUUCCUUGCUAUUUCCCAUCUUUGAGAACUACUUAAACAAAAAGGCAUCAGAUGAAGAGAAAUAUGAUUUGGUUCGUGAGGGAGUUGUUAUUUUCACCGGAGCAUUGGCAAAACACUUGGCAAAGGAUGAUCCAAAAGUUCAUACUGUUGUAGAGAAGUUGUUGGAUGUGUUAAACACUCCAUCAGAAGCUGUUCAACGGGCGGUUUCAGCAUGCCUAUCUCCAUUAAUGCAAUCAAAGCAAGAUGAUGGACCAGCUCUUGUCUCAAGGCUUUUGGAUAAACUGAUGAAGAGUGACAAAUAUGGGGAACGUCGAGGAGCUGCUUUUGGGCUUGCUGGGGUGGUCAAGGGAUUCGGUAUUUCUUGUUUGAAGAAGUAUGGGAUUGUAACUCUACUACAAGAAGGUCUUGUAGAUAGGAGUUCUGCAAAAUGUCGUGAAGGAGCUUUGCUUGGAUUUGAGUGCCUCUGUGAAUCACUUGGACGACUAUUUGAACCGUAUGUAAUUCAAAUGUUGCCACUACUGUUGGUUUCGUUCUCUGAUCAAGUUGUUGCAGUUCGUGAAGGUGCUGAGUGUGCAGCUCGUGCAAUGAUGUCUCAACUUAGUGCUCAAGGAGUUAAACUGGUCCUCCCAUCUCUUUUAAAGGGUCUUGAAGAUAAAGCUUGGCGAACAAAGCAAAGUAGUGUCCAACUGCUUGGGGCUAUGGCCUAUUGUGCUCCUCAACAGCUGUCUCAGUGUCUCCCUAAGAUUGUACCAAAACUGACCGAGGUCUUAACAGAUACACAUCCUAAAGUCCAGUCAGCGGGACAAACCGCACUUCAACAGAAUCCUGAAAUAGCUUCCUUGGUCCCCACUCUUCUACUGGGUCUGACGGAUCCAAAUGACCAUACAAAGUACUCUCUUGAUAUUCUCUUACAAACAACUUUUAUUAAUACAAUUGAUGCUCCUUCACUGGCACUGUUGGUGCCAAUAGUUCAUAGAGGGCUGCGGGAAAGGAGUGCAGAGACUAAAAAGAAAGCAGCACAGAUAGUUGGCAAUAUGUGUUCGUUAGUUACGGAACCUAAGGAUAUGAUUCCAUAUAUUGGGUUGCUUCUUCCUGAAGUGAAAAAGGUUCUUGUGGAUCCAAUUCCAGAAGUUCGGUCAGUUGCAGCAAGGGCCCUUGGAUCCCUUAUACGGGGAAUGGGUGAAGAUCAUUUCCCAGAUCUUGUUCCAUGGCUGUUUGAUACACUUAAAUCUGAUAAUAGUAAUGUUGAACGCUCUGGGGCUGCUCAAGGGUUGAGUGAGGUAUUAGCUGCACUCGGGACUGAGUACUUUGAGCAUGUACUUCCUGAUGUUAUCCGGAACUGUUCUCACCAAAAAGCAUCUGUCCGUGACGGAUAUUUAACAUUAUUUAAGUAUCUACCGAGGUCAUUGGGAGUCCAAUUCCAGAAUUAUCUACAGCAGGUGCUGCCUUCUAUUUUAGAUGGUCUUGCCGAUGAAAAUGAGUCUGUACGUGAGGCAGCACUAGGUGCAGGGCAUGUCCUGGUUGAGCAUUAUGCGACAACGUCUUUACCUUUGCUCCUUCCUGCUGUUGAGGAUGGUAUUUUUAACGAUAGUUGGCGGAUUCGACAAAGCUCUGUGGAGUUAUUGGGUGAUCUCUUAUUUAAGGUUGCUGGGACUUCUGGAAAAGCUUUACUUGAGGGUGGCAGUGAUGAUGAAGGUGCUAGUACUGAGGCACACGGGCGGGCUAUAAUUGAGGUUCUGGGAAGGGAAAAGCGUGAUGAAGUUCUUGCUGCGUUAUAUAUGGUUCGAACUGAUGUCAGCUUAUCUGUUCGUCAGGCUGCGUUGCAUGUAUGGAAAACUAUUGUGGCAAAUACUCCAAAGACUCUAAAGGAAAUAAUGCCAGUUUUAAUGAAUACUCUGAUUGCCUCUCUUGCAUCAUCGUCCUCUGAAAGGCGGCAGGUUGCUGGACGAUCACUGGGUGAGCUUGUUAGGAAACUUGGUGAAAGAGUGCUUCCUUUGAUCAUCCCAAUUUUAUCCCAAGGGCUGAAGGACUCUGACACCAGCAGAAGACAAGGUGUAUGCAUUGGUUUGAGUGAAGUAAUGGCAAGUGCUGGUAAAAAUCAGUUGUUGAGCUUCAUGGAUGAGCUCAUCCCUACAAUUCGAACUGCUCUUUCUGAUAGCAUGCCCGAGGUUCGUGAGUCUGCUGGCUUAGCAUUCAGCACUCUCUACAAGAGUGCUGGACUGCAAGCAAUCGAUGAAAUUGUUCCCACUCUUUUGCGUGCAUUGGAGGAUGAUCAAACUUCUGAUACUGCUCUUGAUGGCCUUAAACAAAUCUUAAGUGUGAGGAUUACUGCUGUUUUGCCCCACAUCUUACCCAAGCUGGUCCACCUUCCACUUACUGCGUUUAAUGCACAUGCUCUUGGAGCUGUAGCUGAGGUUGCUGGACCUGGCCUUAACUCUCAUCUUGGUACUGUUAUUCCUGCUCUACUUUCUGCAAUGGGUGCUGAUGAAAAGGAAGUUCAAACUUUGGCCAGGGAGGCUGCUGAAACAGUGGUCUUAGUCAUAGAUGAGGAAGGUGUUGAAUCUCUUAUAUCUGAACUUGUUAGAGCUGUCAGUGAUAGUCAGGCCUCAAUUAGAAGAAGUUCUUCAUAUCUUAUAGGCUAUUUCUUCAAAAACAGUAAAUUAUAUUUGGUUGAUGAAGCUCCAAACAUGAUAUCUACCUUGAUUGUCUUGCUCAGCGACUCAGAUUCAGCUACUGUGGCGAUUUCUUGGGAAGCUUUGUCAAGGGUUGUAAGUUCUGUUCCCAAGGAGGGAGGACCAAUUCUCAUACCUGGAUUUUGUUUACCAAAAGCACUUCAACCAUUGCUUCCAAUAUUUCUACAGGGCUUAAUAAGUGGAUCUGCUGAACUGAGAGAGCAAGCGGCACUGGGUCUUGGUGAACUGAUUGAGGUGACUAGUGAACAGGCACUGAAAGAAUUUGUCAUCCCAAUAACAGGGCCUCUUAUCCGGAUAAUAGGUGAUCGGUUCCCUUGGCAGGUGAAGAGUGCUAUUUUUAUCUACUUUGGCAAUGAUGAUAAGAAAGGGUGGGAUGGCGUUGAAACCUUUUCUUCCUCAGCUUCAAACAACAUUUGUAAAGUGUCUACAGGAUAA